GAUAAUGACAACCAUGAUGAGGACAAUGCUUCUGAUGAGAACAAGGGUCCAAUAUAACGUUUAUUGACAAUGACUACUCACCUUGGUCCACAACCGAUAGAGCUAAUCCUGAAAGAAGAAAUAGUUGGGCGGUCUGCUAUAUCUCUUUUUGUUGGCUCUGAGGAGAUAUUAGAGAUAUGUGUGGGGAAUCAAAUGCUAAGUGCAGUGAUUCUAAAAGUAUGGAUAAUGCAUUUGCAUGGGAUUUGUGUUCGAAAGGAUACUGCACACCUGUACGGUUUUCUUGACCCACAUACCACUCAAGAUGUGGGGAACAAGCGUGAAGAUAUUCAAACUUAUAUAAUGACUCAACUGAGUGAAGGAAACAAAGAGUGCUACUUACUACCAUACUACUAUCC